AUGGCAGCCUCAUUAUUGAAAGAGAAACAAUUGAGUUUUUGGUCCUCUCUCAUCAACCAAAACCAAAGUUUGAAAUUGCCAACAGAUUUUCCUCGAACAAUGAUGGAUGAGAAUGAGACCAACUCAAACACAAUUUUGCAAUACGAACAAUUGAAGGAAAUUAUUUCAUUAGAUGAUGUACUCUCCAGUCAGUCCUUUAAAGACAAGUUUUUACAAGUGACAGAUUCCGAAGCUCAAAAAUCGUUCACAAGAAACACUUUUGUAUUGUCUGUUUUUGCAUUACUUCUCGCUCGUUAUACCUAUGAAGAGACAUUUUUGAUUGGUAUUUUGCAAGAUGAAAACACAGAACGUGACUCUUUCAUCGUCUCUGCAAAUAUUCCAAUGCCAUCUGCUGACGAAGACACAUUUGAGGGAAUUUCCCGAGAAAAGUCGACCACGGAGUACAGUUUUAAAAAGUUAUUGUCAAACAUUCAAGGGGCUUUCAGUGACUCUGUUGGCAAUUUGUCACAAUUCGGAAAUGUUCAGAAUAUCCUUUCGGAGGUUGAACAAAAACAAGGAAAAGUGGAUACUACUCUUCUAGUUCAAGUUUCUUUCAGCUCGUACGAUGGCCCUUACAAUUUGGUCAACGCUUCCUCUUCUCCUUUCCCAAUCUCUAAUGUUGAUUUGCAUUUGCAUUUGGAUACUAAAACAAAUCAAGUGAGCAUUUCGUAUCAAACUAAUUUAUUCACAGAACUCAGAAUGCAAGACAUGUUGAAUCAAUUGAAGUUGGCUGCUAAACAACUUGUUUCAGAACCAAUACAAUCGAUUUUUGAUGUGUCACUUGUGACAGAAUAUGCCAAGACAGUCCUUCCACAUCCAGAUAAACCUUUGAAUAACGAUUUCUAUGGAGCAAUUCAUGAAGUAUUCCAAGAACAAGCAAAGAAAAUACCCCAACGAAUUACCAUGGUUGAUAGCAAAGAAUCUGUAACAUAUGAAACCUUAAAUAAGCUUUCCAAUCAAUUAGCUCGUCAAUUACUUGCCAAUGGAUUGAAAAGACAAGAAGUUGUCACCAUUUUUGGUCACAGAAGCUGCCCUGUAGUAUUGGCAAUUUUGGCUACAUUGAAAUGUGCAGCAGUUUUUAACAUGUUAGAUCCUGCUUAUCCAGCAGACAGAAUUAUUACUUGCUUGGAAGUGUCCUCUCCAUCUGCUGUCAUUUUGAUUGAAGCCUCUGGUCCACUUCCAAAAGAAGUCGUCAAGUACAUUCAAACCAAGUCCACUGUUCGAUUUGUGGUCUCUCUCAAAUCCAUUACAGAGAGUGUUUCUGAACAAAUCUAUGCGGAUUAUGCAGACACUGAUUUGAGCUCAGAUCCUGAAUGGCGUGACAAGGUACAAAUUACACAAGAUGAUUUUGCAGUGUGUACCUACACAAGUGGUAGUACAGGUAUUCCAAAGGGAGUUCUCGGUCGACAUGGACCUCUCACUCACUACUAUCCCUGGAUGAAGCAACGAUUUAACUUGAGUGAAAAUGAUGUCUUUAGUAUGCAAAGUGGUAUCAGUCAUGAUCCUCUCCAAAGAGAUAUUUCCACACCAUGGUUCCUGGGUUGUACCAUGUAUAUUCCAACCAAUGAAGAUAUUGUCAAUCCUGGUCGUCUUGCAGAGUGGUUUGAAGAAAAGAAAAUUACAGUGAGUUGUUUGACACCUGCCAUGGGUCAAUUAUUAACCAGUGCUGCCAGUAUUGCUACCACCAGCACUGGAGAACCUCUCAAAUUGAAUCAUUUGAGAUAUGCAUUCUUUGUUGGUGAUGUGCUCUCAAAGAAGUUUGUGAAACGUUUGUGUGACAUUUCUCCAAUUGUUCGAGUCAUUAACUUGUACGGCUCUACAGAGACUCAACGUUCUGUCACGUACUAUAUGGUUCCAAGACCUGGUGAAAAAUGUAUGGAAACAGGAAUUCCUUUCGAAAGAUUGAAGGACAUUAUUCCAAUUGGUAGAGGAAUGUUAGACGUUCAAGCAUUGACUCUCUCCAGAUUCACCUCACGAGACGACAAAUUCAUGUUGUGUGGAAUUGGUGAAAUGGGUGAAAUUUAUAUGCGUAGUCCUCACCUUUCACAAGGUUACAAAGGAAAGGAAAAGGAUACGAGAGAAAAAUUCAUUCCAAAUCCUUUCCUCACCACAGGAUACAUUGACAGAAUGUACAGAACGGGUGACUUGGGAAGAUAUCUCAUUAGUGGAGACGCUGAAUGCAGUGGAAGAGCCGAUGAUCAGAUUAAAAUCAGAGGUUUCAGAAUUGAAUUGGGAGAAAUUAACACAGCUCUCAAUAGCCAUGAAUUGGUCAAGGAAUCAGUGACCAUUGUGAGAGAAGAUUGUGUUCCUGGAACCAAUGAAAAACGUAUUGUCACCUACUUUGUUUUGGAUAAAGUAGAAAUUGAAAAGAGUACCAUUUAUGGAAACUAUUUUACCAUGGAAAGUGGUUUGAGAGCGAGUAUCAUCAAGACCAUCAUUAAAGACUUGAGACAAUAUUUGAGAAGCAAACUUCCAGAUUACAUGAUUCCAUCUUACUUUGUUCCAUUAGACAAGAUUCCAUUAACACCAAACGGAAAGAUUAAGAAACAAGAUUUACCAAGACCUGAAACGAGUGCUUCUACUUCCACCGAUCAACGACAAGACGAAGAAACCUAUGUAGCUCCAAGAAAUGACCUCGAACAACAAUUAGUGACCAUUUGGGGUGAAAUUUUACAAGGAAGUUCUGGUCAAGGAAUUGGUAUUCAUGACAAUUUCUUUGAUCUCGGUGGUCACUCCAUCAAUGCCACAACACUCACUUUAAAGAUUAGACAACAAGUGGAAGGAGCUUCUAAAUUACCGGUCGAAUUGUUAUUUAAGGCACCAACAGUGAGCGCCCUCGCUGUGGCCAUCGAACAAUUAAGAAGAACCUUUUUAUUGGCUGACUUUUUAAAGAAGACGAGUGCAAGAAUUUAUUGUCUCGUCAGAGCUGACAAUGAAGAAAAGGCCCGUAAACGUAUUUUGGAAAGUUUAUUGAGUUAUCACUUUUUAUGGACCUCCAAAGAGAUGGAUCAACAAGAAGAACGUGAAAGUAUGAAUUUAGUGAAUAAGAUGAAUUUGGCUGAAAUUGUGGAGGGACGUAUCAUUCCCGUCUUGGGAGAUUUAACAAAACCUUACUUGGGAUUAAGCCCUAUCAAGUUCGAAGAAUUGAGCGACACCAUUGACGUUAUUAUUCACAACGGUGCUGCGGUUCACUGGCUCUACAGCUAUGAAAAAUUGAAAGCUCCCAACGUGAAUGGAACCCGCGAGAUUCUCAAAAUGGCCUGUGGUGGUAAAAAGUUAACACCUGUGCACUAUGUCAGCACCACUUCUGUCUUUGAUUCGGAACAAUACAAGGAAUUUACUGAUGUCUAUGAAGACUCCUCAUUGCCCUAUCAUGAAGAUUUGACUGGUUAUCCUCAAUCCAAAUAUGUCGCUGAAAAAUUAUGUAUGAAUGCAAGAAUGAGAGGAUUACCUGUGUGUAUUUAUCGACCUGGUUAUAUUACUGGUCAUAGUAAGACUGGUGUGUGGAAUCCAGAUGACUUUUUAUGUCGAAUGAUUAAGGGAUGUAUUCAAAUGGGUUACUAUCCAGACAUGCCAACAAGCAAACUUGACAUGUCACCUGUCGAUUUUAUUUCAGGAGCUAUUGUGUACUUGUCGAGGACCAUGGAUAGUGUGGUAAAACAUCAAGCAUACCACUUGGUGAAUCCUCAUGAAUUCUUCUUUAAUUCAUUAUUCGAAACUGGUAGAAAAUUAGGAUUCAAACUUUUACCAUUACCAUUUAAGGAAUGGAAAGAAAAACUUUAUCAACAAACAGUUGAAAAGAAGGAAUUAAGCACUGGUGAAGAAGAAAAUGUCUUGUAUCCAUUAGUGACCUACUUUACUGAUGACUAUGAUCUCAAAAUGACUGCAAAACGUCCAUGGUAUGACAAUACACACACUUUGGAAGGUCUUGAAAAUUCGGGUGUCACUUGUCCAAAGGUGAUCGAACUCAUGACCACCUAUUAUCACUUUUUAUGUAAAUGUGGAUUUUUAGUGCCACCUGAAGAGCCAACAGAAUUGGCAAAGAAAUUUGGCUUUCACAAAAUUCCAGCCAAUAUUCAGAGAAAUCCAAAGACUUCCAUGUCCUCGUUGGAUCUCUCUGUCAUUCACUCGGAUGUGAAUUCGACCUUCAAUGAAUCUCCUUCUCCUACUUCGUUCAACUAUCAAAGUCUCAUGAGAAAUAAUAGACUUCAAUAA